AUGCAAGCCUUGAUCAUGCUUCCGGAACUGGGGGAAAGCCUGACAAGCUUUGAGAUCAAAAACUACUUUCAAACAACACGGAACCUGCUCGACGUUGACGACCAAGAGGAACAUACCACCUACCCACUGCGAGAGUUUGCGAGAGAUUCGGCCAAGUUGGAAGAAGCUUCGUCUGGGCGGGUACACUGGAUUGGUUCCAACAGAGCUAUUGAUAACUUAUCCGAGGUCGUCGUCAAGAUGCCCCAGCUGGAAGAGUUAUCGAUCUCGGUCACACAAAAAUCUCAUCGAUACAUCAAAGACCAUGUCCUACCUGUCAUGCCUAACCUGAAAAAUCUGUUUCUUAUUUGA